UUUACUACCUGACACAUUAGUCAACACACAGUCGUUGACUAAUGCUGAAUAGGGUUGACCUUUUUUAAACUGACCGGAAGAGGCCUAAACAGAUCCCAAAUUUUAGGGUUUUUGAUGGCGGAGGGAUUGGGAGGCGCUGCUCCACCAUUGCCGACGGAUCAAACAGGUAUCAGCUUCCACGAUCAGCUAUGGCUCAGCACAUACCCUCUCGAUCGCAACCUCGUCUUCGAUUACUUCGUCCUCUCGCCCUUCUACGAUCGCUCUUGCUCCAACGAGCAGCUGCGAAUGCGCUCCGUCCAUCCCCUCGACAUGACCCAGCUGUCGAAGAUGACUGGAGUGGAGUACGUGCUGCUCGAAGCCCAGGAGCCCAAUCUCUUUGUCCUCCGCAAGCAAAAGCGCGAGAGCCCGGACAAAGUGUCGCAUCUCUCGGCCUACUAUAUCCUCGACGGCCAUAUCUAUCAAGCACCCCUGCUCUACAGCGUUGUUUGCAGCAGAGUGGCCCGAGCUGUGCAUCACAUCUCCGCUGCCUUCUCCCAAGUCUCGGCAAAGCUCGAGAAGAUUGGCUAUGACGACGAGAAUGAACACGAGAGCGAUACCUCCGGCCGUGUCGAUCUCAAGGAAGUCCUCCGGAUCGACCAGAUACUGGGAAAUGUUCUUCGCAAGCUUCCUCCGGCUCCUCCUCCUCCUCCAAUGCCCACACCACCCAGUGGUGUCCCCGAGCAGCCCCAAGACUCGCAACCAGAGCAGUCGACCGAGCAGGGCCCUCCCACCAAGAAAGCAAAGGUUGAGAAACGUUGAGCUUCCGUUUGUUAGGAUGGCGAGCCGUGAAACUCCACAUCUGAGACGUCCGUCUCCUCCGGAUGUGCCUCUGGAACCGGUGCUAAGGCGGCGAUGUAGCCGGAAGCGGCGUCACCUUUGUACCCGACUCGUGAUAGCCACUGUGAAACGUCCCGCAUCUUUGGCCGGUG